AUGGAGAGCAAACUGCGUGUGUGGGAGUCUCUGCGGAAUGAUGCCCGUCAGGCGGACAGUGUCAUUGAGCGGCAACUCAACGUGCUGGAGGGCAUCUCUCGCCUUGGUGGGAACUCUGGCGUCUACGAGUCCAGGGCGACUGCUGAUGGGGCCGCGUCAUCGGUGGCGAGGAUAGAGGUGGCGCAGCGGGAGUUUGACCGGAAGCGCAGUGACGUUGAAAUGGCGCUGCAACAGUUCGAAUCGCUCUUAGAGACAAUGGCGGAAACGGCUCGUGCGCUGCCACCCGAGUCCACCGCGCACAGUCACACCGAACGGUUUUUGCAGCUUGCGGCGGAGAAGCGGCGGGCCGUUACGCGUCUUACUGCUGAUUUUAAACGCCGCCGUGAGUGGGCAGAGUUGUUGCCAAGUGUCACGCAUGAUCUGGAGGCCCACAGGGAGGGGGAAGGGGUGCGUUUCCUCAUGGAAGAGCAGGACUCCCUGCGCCACACCCAGCGACGUUUGAACAAUAUUCUGAGUCAGGCGGAGUCUUCACGGGAUCAGUUGCGUGGGCAGCGGGAUGCGUUUGCCCGCAUGGAGGAUCGGCUCGUCCAGAUUGCCUUGCGAGUCCCUGUACUCAAAAGGGUGCUUGGCCGCAUUUCCAGUAAGCGGCGCAGGGAUGCCCUUGUUUUGGGCGUAGUGAUUGGCAUAUGUAUGCUGCUGAUGAUACUCUUCUGGUAG